AACACGGGAACACCCUCCUAUCGUGAGCACCAUCCUCGGCUUUUCCUUUAGCGUUUCCGUGACACCGUCUCUAGUCUGCGAGCUGAGGCUUUCCGCUGCGUUUCUUCCUGCAACGAUCUCACCGGUAUCCGCCGCAUACGAUAUCCGAAAUGGCCGAAUCUGAUGGCCAUGCCAUGCCUGUACAGGGUAGCAAAUCGGAGAGUGCCUUAACCGACAGCGACCCGAUACUUACGCCGGAUGCGACCGGUAGCCCGUUGCUGGGCUCCGAGGCGGGACUGGGCGAUACACCUACGAUGGGCCCAUCCAGCAGUCCUAAACUAUCAAGGAAUCCAUCCUUCUCUGGCAGCAGCUCAUAUCAGGAGGAUUGGGAAGCCUUUCCACCAUUAGAUCGUUUGACGGUACUGGAUUUAUUGGACAACUUCGCCCUGCCGCAACAACUCGAGAAACUCCAGAAAGGAAUAUCAGCACAGACCGAGAAGGUUCGCAAGUCACGAGAUGCCUUCAAGUCCAAAAGCCAAGUCGCGAGGGAGCGCAUGGUGGAAGAGUGGCGGCGACGAGUACCUUCAGCCGAGGAGCAGCUGGAGCGGUACAGGACGCGCAUGAAGAAGAGCGUCGAGAAAGUGAGCCGGCAAUGGAAUGACACCAAGGUCAUCACCCUGCGUGAGAAGGUGUCCUUCAUCUGUGGCGUCAUGAACAUCUUCAUCAGCGGUUACUUGCUGGGUGCCUUUCCCGAGUACUUCCACAUCUGGUAUACCGUCCAGCUCCUAUACUUCAUGCCCAUCCGCUACUUCACCUACCACCGUCGUGGCUACCACUAUUUCUUGGCCGAUUUGUGCUAUUUCGUCAACCUUAUGCUCCUCCUCACCAUCUGGGUCUUCCCCACAUCGAAGCGCCUCUUCGUCGCGUCCUUUUGCCUGGCUAUGGGCAACAACGCUGUGGCUAUUGUCAUGUGGCGCAACUCACUCGUUUUCCACAGCUUCGACAAAGUUACCUCACUGUUCAUACACAUCAUGCCGUGCGUGACGCUGCAUUGCAUGACGCAUAUGACGCCCGAAAACCUGCAGCGGGAGCGCUUCCCGGCUCUCUGGACUAUCAAGACAUCACCGCCCGGCUCGCCCACGGCAUAUGCCAAUGUUAUCUCCAUGCUGGCCUGGUCCACCAUCCCCUACCUCUUCUGGCAGCUCGCGUACUACUAUCUCAUCACGGUGCGCCGCCGUGAGAAGAUCGCCGCUGGUCGCCCAACCUCGUACACUUGGCUCCGCCGUUCCUACUCCAAGACUUGGAUAGGCAAGGUGGUACUGUCAAUGCCCAACCGCCUGCAAGAGCCUGCCUUUAUGUUCAUCCAAUACUCGUACGCUGUGCUGACCAUGCUGCCAUGCCCCUUAUGGUUCUACAGCCGCUGGGCUUCGGGUUCAUUUCUGAUGAUUGUCUUCGCUUGGAGCGUGUACAACGGGUCGACCUUCUAUAUCGACGUCUUCGGCAAAAGAUUCCAAAAGGAGCUUGAGACCAUGAAGGCCGAGGUGUCCAAGUGGCAGAAUAGCCCCGAGCUCGCUCUGCGAAGCCCAGUCAUGACCCCGAUGCCCGAUGCGCGCCAAGGCAAGCUCGCCCCUAUGGACGCCGCAGGCGAGAUGCAUCAGGAGGAAGAUAUUGCGGCCAAGCAAGGCAGCGUACGCGUUGCAGAACCAGUAAGCGAUAAUGCCCGAAGUGUCGACGAUAUUCCCCUGUUGAAUGAGGAGAAAACUGGGGAUACCAUCACGGACUCCGAAGCUGAUGUCGUGUCUACUGGGAUCGAUACCGAUAGAGUUCUGAAGGAGUCCGCUAGGGAGCGGAAGUCGGCUGCCAAUGACGCGUCAUCGUGAACCUAGCGCUUUGAGCACUUGUAUCGAUGAAGGAGGAUGUUACACUCACUCCAUUUGCAGCUUAUAGCAGCCAGUGCGGAGCAUGUGUGCAUUUUAAUUCUUGCGCAAGGAGUUGCGAGAUUGACGUAUAUCACCAUGUUGCAGUCAUAGCUUUUCAUAGCCUUGGAUCUGGAAGUCAUGGUGCGGCAGGCUCAAAGAUUGGGAUGGGUUGAGCAUCAUGUUUUGAUACCCCUUGACUACGAUUAUGAGGACAUUUUCUAGACAGGUAACACGCGAGUAUGACAAAAUGGCCCAACUGGCCACGUCAGUAAUGAUUGGCAAUUAGGUGAAAUACAAGAAGAUUUGGGUCAUGAUGGGCUAUUUGUAGCGCCUAUCUGUAGCGCCACUUGGACUUCUACGAGUUGAUGGAAGCGAUAUAAGUACCUCCUUCAAGGACUUCAAUAUUUCAUUACCUGAGCACUCUGCGACAC